AUGCAAUUGCCUUGUAGGCCCCCACUGGUGCUGCUGAGCGUUGCCUUUUUGUUAUCAACAGUCGCCUCUGUCCCAACUAUUAGGACAACAAACUCAGUACACGUCGACUCACUGACUUUUCAUCCGUCAGCGAGGGAUAUUUUUGCGAGAGAUGAUAAUCUAAAUCAACUAAAUCGUCGCUCAUUACCUACAUCAAUCACUGAUUGGGCACUAUGGAAUGUUUGGAAGGUCGCCUGCAAGAAGAAUCCAGCCCCAGUCCGAAAAAUCCCUAAAGACACCACAAAAGGAACUCUUGUUGAAGACAACGUGUUUCAAUUCGACCAUGAUGAUGACUGUGGCAAAAUUCCAAGUAUCGUUCAACUGAAGAGUAAACUUGGGAGUGGCACAAUAGCGACUGUCUACAAAGCCAGCUACGGACCCGUCAGCGGGAAUAAAGAGGACGUUGCAGCAAAGAUAUCGUCAGGAAAUGAUAUGGGUGACAUGAUUUUCGGAGCAGAAAUAGAGUCAGUAAUGGCAGAGCAGAGCAAGAACGUCGCUACCGUCUACGACUAUUUCUAUGUUCCAGAUACCAAAGAGGCAUUCAUGCUCAUGCCCAUCGCAGAAAGUGACAUGGGAGCGCAAUUUCCAAUUUUCGACAGGUUUUCCACGAAGAAAGAUCUUAAUGAGAUGUUCAGGCAGAUCCUCACUGCUAUUCAAGUCAUGCACACUCCCAGGGCAGAUCUAUACCCCAAUGGUGUGAUGCACCGCGACAUCAAACCACAAAAUAUUGUGAUGUACGGCUCCACACCAAAGAUCUCAGAUUUCGAUUCAGCGACAGGCGAAGAGAAAUCUGAAAAGUUUCUUAUGGGAACCCCAGGGUUCAUGGCUCCCGAGGUCGUCAGAGCGAAAGCAUACGAUAAAGGUGUCGAUAUAUUUGCUUUAGGGAUGAUGUGGAUAGAGAUGAACAUCAAGAAGGCUCGAGGAGAAGCAUUUUACAAGCUUUGGAAAGCUCUCAUCAACUCAAGGGACGGCGAGAAAUGGCAUACCCCUGCAGUGGUCAAGACCAUUUUGACUGAGCAACUCGGUAAUUCUUUGAGCAAAAACGAGUUGGAGCUGAUGUCAAAUGUUUUAUGUGAGCCUAGCACCCGGUACGACAUUGAUGAUUAUUUGUCCCAGUUUGAAAAGCUGGUAAUGGGUAAAUAA